UCGAAAGUUUCAGAACAUUGGGAACUUAAGGACACGGACUUUAACAAACUUUGAUUUGGGAAUAAAUAUUUAUUCACCAGUGAUAAGUCUACCAUAACAAAUAAGGGAAAACGUCUCUCUUAACCUACUGCUAACACUUGGCGAGGCUUAUAAACUGAGCGUGAAAACUGAAGUCGUAGUCUGUCAUAACUAAUUCGAAGACUACACCUGUUACAAAAACAUAGCAGGCUUGUGCUGAUAUUUUCCUACCGGAGUAAAGGGAAAUCUACGUUAAUGAGUGUAUUAUACAGCCUGGAUUCGCAGUGCGUCUCACCACCAUGCAAUAUGAGUUGGGCAAUGGAGCCUGCCAACUUCUACGACAAUAAGCUGAGCACGGUGCACGGGUCCUGCAAACCCAACCGAGAUGGUGGCACCGGCGAGGACAGCAACCUGGCAGAGCUAAGCACCGCUCCCGCGAUGUAUGAUGACGAGAGUGCCAUCGACUUCAGCUCCUACAUCGACUCCAUGUCCUCUGUGCCAAAUCUGGAACUCUGCAACGACGAGCUGUUCGCAGACCUAUUCAACAGUAGCGUGAAGCAGGAGAAGGCCGACUUCACGUAUCUGCCAAACACCACGUCAGGAACCAUGCCGCUUUCGUCCGGCGUGUCUGCUGUCAGCGUGACCAGGGAAUUUGGGAGGAAACUGGAUGCGAGUUUCUCGAAAGGGGUCUUCAGCGCACCCAUUAAGCAGGAAUCGGACUGGAGUGACAGUGAGAUGUCAUCAUCGUUACCUUCACAAAUUGAAACCUGCGCACAGACCGCAGUGAGUCUGCACACUGGGCAGCCCACCCCGCCGACCACUCCGGAGCCCUCCUCAAUUCAGGGCACCACUCGCAAAGUCGGAAAAGAGAAAGGGAAAAAGAACGUUGACAGGUACAGCCCAGAGUACCGCCAGAGACGCGAGAGGAAUAAUAUCGCCGUCAGAAAAAGCCGAGACAAGGCAAAGCAACGAAAUAUGGAAAUGCAGCAAAAAAUGAUUGAACUGGGCGCCGAGAAUGAUAGGUUACACAAAACAAUCGACCAUUUAACCCGCGAGCUUACCAGCCUCAGGAGCUUCUUCAAAGAUCUUCCCAACUCCUCUUUUGUAAGCACGGCGAGUGCGAACGGUCGGUGACAUGUGAAUCAACCUCGGAUCGAUAUUUAUGAACUUUAAAAGAACAUACCUCAAUACAUUGAUGUCUAUUAACAAUCUGUAGCAGACUUACUGUAACGCUGCACCAGAUUAACUUUAUUGCUUUGAAAAGGGUACCGAAUAUUUCUCAUAUAAUUCAUGCAUAUGAUAAAGCAGUCAUUAUCACUUUUCGGGCAAAUGUUUUUCUAUUUUAAAUUAUUUUGUGUUCAGUUAAAAAUAUAUACAUGCCAGUUUUGGUACAUAUUUUAAAUUCCAAACUUUGUAUUUUUGUCAAGAAGAACCUGAGCAUGUUUGAAAUUUUUUACAUAGUUUGUAUAUAAUUUUUGAUUUUUGUAAGAAAAUCUAUAAUAAAAGUGCCUAAAAAUAA